CACCGGGCGCCGUGGGCGGCAUGGGGCUCCCGGCGCUCGAGUUCAGCGACUGCUGCCUGGACAGCCCGCACUUCCGAGAGACGCUCAAGUCGCACGAAGCGGAGCUGGACAAGACCAACAAAUUCAUUAAGGAGCUCAUCAAGGACGGGAAGUCGCUCAUCAGCGCGCUCAAGAAUUUGUCUUCAGCGAAGCGCAAGUUUGCAGAUUCCUUGAAUGAGUUUAAAUUCCAGUGCAUAGGAGAUGCAGAAACAGAUGAUGAGAUGUGUAUAGCAAGGUCUUUGCAGGAGUUCGCCACCGUCCUCAGGAAUCUCGAAGAUGAGCGGAUUCGGAUGAUUGAGAAUGCCAGUGAGGUGCUCAUCACUCCCUUGGAGAAGUUUCGAAAGGAGCAGAUUGGAGCUGCCAGGGAAGCUAAAAAGAAGUAUGACAAAGAGACAGAGAAGUAUUGUAGCAUCCUAGAAAAACACUUGAAUUUAUCUUCCAAAAAGAAGGAGGCUCAGCUUCAGGAGGCAGACAGCCAAGUGGACCUGGUCCGGCAGCAUUUCUAUGAAGUCUCCCUGGAAUAUGUCUUCAAGGUGCAAGAAGUCCAAGAGAGAAAGAUGUUUGAGUUUGUGGAGCCUUUGCUGGCCUUUCUGCAGGGACUCUUCACUUUCUAUCACCAUGGUUAUGAACUGGCCAAGGAUUUUGGUGACUUCAAGACACAGUUGACCAUCAGCAUACAAAAUACAAGAAACCGCUUCGAAGGCACCAGGUCGGAAGUGGAAUCUUUGAUGAAGAAGAUGAAGGAGAACCCCCUUGAGCACAAGACCAUCAGCCCCUACACCAUGGAAGGGUACCUCUAUGUUCAGGAGAAACGUCAUUUUGGAACUUCGUGGGUGAAGCAUUAUUGUACAUACCAACGGGAUUCUAAACAAAUCACCAUGGUCCCAUUUGACCAGAAGUCAGGAGGAAAGGGGGGCGAAGAUGAAUCCGUUACCCUCAAGUCCUGCACACGGCGGAAAACGGACUCUAUUGAGAAGAGGUUUUGCUUUGAUGUGGAGGCAGUUGACAGGCCAGGGGUCAUCACCAUGCAGGCAUUGUCGGAAGAGGAUCGCAGGCUCUGGAUGGAAGCCAUGGAUGGCCGGGAACCUGUCUACAACUCGAACAAAGACAGUCAGAGCGAAGGGACUGCACAGUUGGACAGCAUCGGCUUCAGUAUAAUCCGGAAAUGCAUCCACGCAGUGGAGACCAGAGGGAUCAAUGAGCAAGGACUCUACCGAAUCGUGGGGGUCAACUCCAGAGUGCAGAAGUUGCUGAGUGUACUGAUGGACCCCAAAACAGCUUCUGAGACAGAAACUGAUAUCUGUGCGGAGUGGGAGAUAAAGACCAUCACAAGUGCUCUGAAGACUUACCUGAGAAUGCUUCCAGGACCACUCAUGAUGUAUCAGUUUCAAAGAAGCUUUAUCAAAGCAGCCAAGCUGGAAAACCAAGAAACCCGGGUUUCUGAGAUCCACAGCCUUGUUCAUCGGCUCCCAGAGAAAAAUCGGCAGAUGCUGCAGCUGCUCAUGAACCAUUUGGCAAACGUUGCUAACAACCACAAGCAGAACUUGAUGACUGUGGCAAACCUGGGCGUGGUGUUUGGACCCACCCUGCUGCGGCCACAGGAAGAAACAGUAGCAGCCAUCAUGGAUAUCAAAUUUCAGAACAUUGUCAUUGAGAUCCUAAUAGAGAACCAUGAAAAGAUAUUUAACACCAUGCCUGAUGUACCCCUCACCAAUACCCAGCUACACCUGUCUCGGAAGAAAAGCAGUGACUCGAAGCCCCCAUCUUGCAGUGAGAGACCCCUGACACUCUUCCAUGCUGUGCAGUCAACAGAAAAACAGGAACAGAGGAAUAGCAUCAUCAACUCCAGCUUGGAAUCUGUCUCAUCAAAUGCAAACAGCAUCCUUAAUUCCAGCAGCAGUUUACAGCCCAACAUGAACUCCAGUGAUCCAGACCUGGAUGUGGUCAAACCUACCCGGCCUAACUCACUCCCCCCGAAUCCAAGCCCAACUUCACCCCUCUCGCCAUCUUGGCCCAUGUUCUCGGCGCCAUCCAGCCCUAUGCCCACCUCAUCCACGUCCAGCGACUCAUCCCCCAUCAGCACACCGUUCCGGAAGGCAAAGGCCUUGUAUGCCUGCAAAGCUGAGCAUGACUCGGAGCUCUCAUUCACAGCAGGCACUGUCUUCGAUAACGUUCACCCAUCUCAGGAGCCUGGCUGGUUGGAGGGGACUCUGAACGGAAGAACUGGCCUCAUCCCUGAGAACUACGUGGAGUUCCUGUAACUGUGGGCCCCAGCAGAGCUGCUGAGCUUUAUGUGGUCACCAUGACAACUGCUGAUUCCAGUGUCAUGGGCCACUUUUCACUGCCAGUGAGAAAGCAGGGAGACUGACUCUAUUGCUUCCUAUCAACACGAAUGCAUCUGGGAAUGCUUGUCACCUUUCUCCAUGAUCAUCUCAGUUGAUGAGUGGCAAUACUGCAAGAAGCAAAAGUCAAUCCGCAGCAGAGGCCAUCUGAAUAUUUUGAUAACCUAAAGCAAGGCUUGCAGAGUACAGUCUUCUCCUGAGUACCCUAAGUAGUGCUGAUUUUGUUUGAGCAGCCAUCCAAAUCCCAGACAUGUGAGAGAGGAAGUGAGAGUGCCCCUAAGAGAGGGCAGUGCUGCUGGGUGUGAGCGGGCAGGGCAGACAAGCGGCCACAGAGGCCUACGCUGGGUGUGCUGCCUUUGCGCUGUGUACAGCAGGUGCUCUUUCUGGCCCUCCUGCUCCUGGAGACCCACCAUGCUGCCGGCAGCUGGGUCUGUCUGUCCGCUCACAGGAUGAAGAAACACAGCACAGCACUGUUUAAGUAAGAUCAAUCUCUCACCAUCUCUAAAGCAGCCCUUAGCUUGUCAUCAGCACAACUCAUGCAGAGGAGCACAUGCACCCCAUGUUUCUCUCCUGAACUAGGAACUUCUCUGCUACAGAGGGCUGCCAUCACCUAGUAUCCAUGGCAACCCAACCUACUCUAAAACUAAACUGAAAAGGAAAAAAAAUUCUUUGCAUGACACAUUUUCCCCUAGCCCUUAUUGGUAGUUUUUGUGUUUCUUUUUUUUUAAUGGUCUUCCAGCAAUUUAAAGUAGAGAUUUGGCAAUUGGGAUGGUCUACCUAGGCCAGACAGGAGAGCACAGAGGACCGCUCCCUUUCCGAUAAACUUCAUUAGCAUCAGAACACCCUUGGAGCUAACUCUAGUAGCCCACUAAGGUUAAAUUGCUGGCUUAAUAUUUCUGUUCUUCUUGCAACAGGUGUUGGCCUCAGAGGGCAAAAUGCUUCCUCCCUAUGGGUAACACCAUCUGACUUGCUUUCUCAGACCCUUCUCUUCUUUCCUGCCCCUGCCGAGCCCUAGCCCUUCACAAAGCACCUUCCCCUCAGUGCUUUGGCUCCUGAACACUAGUGCCCUGUGGAUUUCAGAGAUGAUUCCUGGCCACACCCUGAGGCCUGACAUUUUAAAGGACAUCUAUGUUCACUGCCACCCAGAAUAAAAAGAAAAAGAAUUGUUUCACAGAUUAUCUGGGCAUGAAACUAGUAUCACAGGCCAUUAUGACUCAGGAAGACACCAAAGGUUGAAGCACGGAGACCAAGUGAGAACCUUCUACAAAAUGGGGUUUCCUGCUCCAGAGGUGGUGGGUGUUGCUGAAGACUGCCUGCUAUGGAUGGGAGAGAUCACCCAGACAUUGCACAAUCCUGUGAUAUUCAGAGUGAUCUGUCCCUAUAAGAGUGACUCUGGACAGACACUAAACUGUCAAGCUCUCUGAGAACCCCUCAGAUGACAGCAUUGCUCCAGAAUGCAGUUAUUGCUUCUGGAAUUCUGUUAAGGACCUUUAAUGAAGAAGGGAAGGAAAACUUGAAUUGUGUUGAAUUACUGUAUCUUACUUUUUUUAAAAGAAAAACUUGUAAAUAGAGUGAUUUGAAAUACUAUAUUGCAAAGUUCUAUAUUUGAUAUUCUUUAAGCUAGUUGCUCCACACAUUGGCUUUGAUUGCUGAGCAGGUGUGUUGAAGAGUGAGCCAGAUGAGACAAGGUUGAAAGGUCAAGUUCAAGCCUCCCUUUCUGACCUGCUGAAAGAAGAUAUUUCCUUGUUGUUGCUGUUGGUAAGCCUGACACAUCAGUGGUGUUACUCUUCUUAUCUUCAUGUAUUUUUUAGCACUCUGGGCUUUGGAGUUGGAGUUAAAAGCAUCUUUAGGAAUGAGUUUUCUAAGAAAGCUGACCUAGCAAGAUGGUGGCACUCAGGAUUUGAAUAGGUGGUGCCAGAGGUGACUUUGUUUUGGUUGUCUUCUCAGGUAUGUGUCGGUACCCCUGGAUGUCAGGACAGAAGAACGAAAUGGUUGCAUAUUUCUUAGUCCUUACUUUCCCCACAUCUCCUAAUGCUUUAUAGAUGUGGCCAAGCUAGUUUGCAGAUGUGUAAGUGCUAAAAACAAAAAAGCCAGCUGCUUGGACUCUUUGCUUGUUUAUCUGACAUUACUCUCACUUUCUUGUAGAUACACUUCUGAUCUUUCCUUUUACCUGCAGAUUCCCUAUGAUUCUAAAGCAAGAGAAAGAUCCCCAGAGGGAUGUAGAGUGUGCCAUUGCAGUUUUUUAAAGUGGCUGUAAAGUUGGUAAGAGUCGCUUACUACUGUCAAGGACUAUACCUAGGAAUUCAGUCAGGAACAGUGGAGCCAUGGAACAAGGCUGAAGCGUGGACAAAAUGAACACAGGACAAGGAUAGACGGCUGUCAUUGAAGCCAGGUGUGUUGAUUGACACCUGUAAUCCCAAAACUUGGGAGGCUGAGGCAAGAAAAUUGUUAUGGGCUCAAGGCCUGUCUGGACUACAUAGUGAAUUCCCAGUCAGCCUUGGCUAUUUUUUAAAGACCCUGUCUUUAAAACAAUAAGAAAUGCAACAGAAAGGAAGCUAUCAUUCAAAACCCAAGAAGAAAGGGAAUAUAUUCAUAGGUACCAGACUUGAUUCCUGGGGACUUGAAAACAAGAAGCUGGAAAAUGCGGCCUGGGGGGUGGGGGGAUGCACAGUCAUCUAUUACUGUACUUCCAAAAUGAGAGGGCCCAGCUUAAUGCUUUUGACGUGUCUGAUGCUUAAAAUUGUCACCUGCCCCCAUAGUAACUGAAGUAACUUGUAGUAACUUGGCCCUGGCUUGACUCCCUCCUGAGCUGGCCCCGAUUUGGAGCUGCCACCAAAAAGAUCUCCUAGGCCAAUGGACCUCUUCCCAGCUUCCCUGAACCUGUGGGGAGUGGGGCUCUGACAGAUGGCUGCUCUGUUUCCCUCUGUCCAUACAUUCAGCUUCCCUCCUCCCCAUCAGUUCCAGAACUGGAGAGACUGGACUAUAAGCCAAGUAGGAAGGAACUUGAAGAUUAAAAAUAAAUUUUAUUCUUUCCACUCUCUAUUCUCUCUCUCUGUGUCUGUUUCUUUUUCUUUCUUUCUCCUCCUACUCCCUUACCCUUCCCUUCUCCCUCCUUAAAUAGGGAACACUGGGGUAGAAUGGGAAGCAUGAAUAACAUCAGAGUGAAAGUCCAUUGGCCAGGAUCCCAAGCUUUCCUGAGAGCCUCAAGUUCCUUUGUAAGGCUCUGAGAUGAGUCAGUCACAGCUUGGAUCUUUUAGGGCAUUCAGAUCAGCCCACGCCCCCUCCAGGUACUUGCAGCGUUCUAUUACUGAACAACGCCAUGAGCAAAUGGCUCGUUUCCAAUCCCUGAACCCAGGCAAGUGGAAUCCUGACUUACUCAAGAUUAAGGAAAUUCUCUCUAGUUUUAAAAAAUAAACACAUAAGGAUGGACCCUACUCAGUGCAGUAUCCUAGAACUGGAGCCAGUUUUCAGUAUUUCUCAAGCCAAAUUUCUUAGCAGUGUGUUUUGACCAGAGAGGCAAGGAGAAAGAAAACAAGCAUUUAGUACUGGCAGACUGGCACUGACAGAACAAAGCAGUGGUGGUCACAGGUCAUUGAAGGUACUUGCUCAGGACUCAAAGGGAGUUUUUGUCACCUGAGUUUGUCUCCUGGAAAUGGUGGUGCCAGUCACACUUGAAGCUUUCUCUUACCUGUGGAGGUUCCAAAGGCAUCCAUUAUUACUGAGGUGUGGGAAAACAAGAAACUGAAGACAGUGUUCACGACUGUUUACUGGUGCCUUUCAUUCUCCAGCCUAGGCUGCCAGUGACCACCAUGGCACCCACGACUUGCUCUAGUACUGGCUUGCUCUAUGAGCAGUCAUAUCUCCCAAGCAGGUAUCCAGCCAUGAUGAAACCUAGCAGACUCUUAGCUAUCUGACUUUCAAAGAAAGUCUAGAGGUCUUUCUAGAAAGUUAUCUGUUAUCUCUGGCAAAUUAGCAGUGAUCAUUUUUGCUGACAGCCUACCUCCCACCUCCCUCUAAAAUCAGCUCUCCAUGCUUUAAGAAAAAAAAAAAAAAAUGCUUCUUAGCCUGGGGAGAUAGUUCAUUUGGUAAAGUGCUUGUCUUGUAAGCAUGAGGACCCGAGUUCAAUCUCAAGAACCCAUGUUAAAUUAAAUAAAAAGAUGGGCACACUUUUAACCUGAGCACCGGGUAGGUGAGGACAGGAGGAUCUCUGGGACUUCAUGGACAGUCAGUCUAGCCGAUUUGGUGAGCUUUGGGCAUAUGAGAGUCCUGUUUCAAAGGAAGAGAAGGAUGACGCCCAAGAUCGUUCUCUGCCUCCACAUGUGAGCACACACACAUGUGCACACACACAAAUAAUUUUUUAAAAAAUAGUAAACUUUGAGAGAGAGAGAAGGGGCACACCAGGUCCUUCAGCCACUGCAAACAGAUUCCAGACGCAUGUGCCACCUUGUACAUCUGGCUUACGUGGGUCCUGGGGAAUCAAAUCUGGGUCCUUAGGUUUUGCAGGCCUUAACCACUAAGCCAUUUCUCCAGCCCGUAAUAAAAACUUUCACAGUAUAACUUUGUAUUGUGUUAAAAUGUGUUGGCAGCCAUGCUGAUCUGCUAAGUGCUGAACCAUUUGUCUCUGACAACGCGAUAAGCGUUGCACAUUACUCCAGUGCACCUAGGACAAAAUUCCAACAAGUGAUAAUUAGCUCGCAUCAUUUUUCUGCCCAUGGUACUUGUGUAACUCAGAGAGUCUUCCAAAGUAAGAGAAACAGAAUCUAGAUGUCACUCUGCCAGUCCUCUCUGAAACAUGGUUUCUAAGGAAGCACCUGCCUAUUUAUGCCAGAGAGGGAGAAAGGCAAGCCCCACUGAGGAACUCGGAAUUGUUUAAAGAAGAUACUGCUGUGACUGGGGAGAAAAACAAUCAUAGAACAAAAGUCAAGUUUCCAACAAUCCGAGGGAUAUUACACAAUGAGAUUUUCUCUGCAAGUAAAGAAUAGGCUGAUCUCAUUCCCAGACUGUGGAAGGGUAGUCACUAUUAGUCGUGAGAAUGAGAAUUAACAAUUCAAAUGUCCAUGUGACCAGAGCAGCCUUAGCCAGGCUGAGACAGUUGAUGCCAUUGUGCAUGCUGUUCUUGAGUCCUUCAGGUGGGCACCAACGAGCAGCUUUCUUGGAGGUCCAGAUUCCAGGAUCCAUCCACCGUGUGUCUGUGAAAACAUAGCGUCUGAUGAUUCUAAAGCGUGUGUGUGUGCAUGCGUGUGAGCACAUGUGGACUAUAUUCCUAUGUACAGAGUGACACAGCCUCACAUAGAGACCUACAUGAGCUGGCACUUAUAAUCUUUACAGCCUUGAGUAUUUAUAGAGGUUGACAAUCAGAAAUAAGAGGCUAUUGCUUACCUAGCAAAAGAUCAAAGAUGUAAAUGAAGUGCCGUUUGAAAUCUCUUCAUACUUAUGAAGUAGUUAUCUGCAGCCCUGGUUCUUAUUAACUUAGUAAAGCCCUGUUGAAAAAACUCAAACCCAUAAAUGCUUAGUAGCUAACACUAGGCUAGUGUUCAGAAGCACUCUAAAAGAUAUUUUUUGCAUAUUUGGGAGAAAAAAAAGUAUUUGCAUGUUUAAGUUAUCUUUUAGGCUACCUUUGAGUGUACUGUAAAGUGCUGUGUGAUAAAAUAUCAAUAAAGUACUUAUAAAAUGGCACUUUAAUGUUUUAUUUCAAUAAAAACAAUGCACUGUUUUAAGCUUCAGUAUUGAAUAUUGACUGGUGCAUAGAAUCAAAUUCUGUAAUGAAAAAGUACCCUGUGACUAGUAUAGAACUUUUCUCGUGUUAUUAAAAAAAAAAGUUUAUCAUAGUUGGGUUUUUUAUGUGAUUUUGUGUCACUAUGCGAAUCUUAAACAAUUCUGUUGUGUAGCCUUUUCUUUGGUUGAUGUACGUACAUUCUUGUGAAGUGAAUGGAAGUAUGACCUUUGAAAUAAAUGACUUCUCUAA